AUGUUUACAAUGAAGCUAGCACUUUUCACCUUGGCGACUCUGUUUUUGACCGCCGCCUCAGCACAGGUUCAACCACAAAAGUUCAAGAGAGAUGGCGCUAUCCCAAUCCUCAGACCUGCCACUCCCUCUGCCUGCAAGCUCAUGGCCACAAUCCUGAAUGGCCUCUGCUCGUUUGCCAAUUAUGACGGAUGCGAGGACAGUAUAUCAUAUGUCCAAUGCAUUUGUUCUGCCCAAAACGACCGUACUGAGGUCUUGAACUGUGCCCGUCACAACUUGAGUAACCUCCUUGUGGGCUAUUGCCCUCUAUGA